CAUAUUGACGAUUGAAACUUUUCAUCUCUCUCUCUCUCUCUCUCUUCGUUUAAUGAGAUUGAAAGUUUUAGUAUGUAAACAGUAGCUAACUUUUUGUUCGACCAUGGAAAUGAAGAACAACCAAUUAUACAUGCUUGUUGUUUUCUUGCUGUGCCUAUUUCUGAAGAACCAUUUCUGUGUUGGACUUGGAGCUGAUACCAUGUUUGCAAACCAAUCCGUAUCUGGUGACCAAACCAUUGUCUCGGCUGGUGGAGUUUUUGAGCUUGGGUUCUUCAAGCCAGGUAAUUCUUCAAACUACUAUAUCGGCAUUUGGUACAAAAAUAUCUCUGAGAGGACCGUAGUUUGGGUGGCAAACAGAGAGAAACCAGUCUCUGAUAGAUUUUUGUCAGCGUUAAGAAUUUCACAUGGUAAUUUAGUUCUCUUUGAUGAGUCGAAAAUCACAAUUUGGUCCACAAAUGUGAAUUCCACCGACUCGAGCACCGUACAUGCUGUUCUUCAGGACAAUGGAAACCUUGUAUUGAAGAAUGAAAAUCAUUCACCAAAAAUCUUAUGGGAAAGUUUUGAUCAUCCAGCUCACACGUGGUUACCUGGUAGUAAACUUGGAUACAACAACAGGACAAAAUCAAACCAACGUCUGAUUUCAUGGAAGAACUCAGAAGAUCCAGCACCAGGCCUCUACUCUCUUGAGCUGGACACAUCUGGAACCAACUCUUAUAAAAUACUGUGGAAUGGUUCCAAGAGUUACUGGACCAGUGGAGCUUGGAAUGGAAAAAUUUUCGAAAUGGUACCCGAGAUGGGUUUCAACCUCUUCUUUAAUUUCCAAUAUGUUACGAAUGCUAAUGAAAGCUAUUUCGUCUACUAUGUCAAAGAUAAUUUUACCAUGUCUAGAUUUAUAAUGGAUGUUUCGGGACAGAUUAAACAGCUAAGUUGGCUGCCUAAGGAUAGUUGGAAUUCGUUUUGGUCUCAACCGCCUCAACAAUGUGGGGUUCCUAAUUUUUGUGGCGCAUUUGGAAUCUGCAAUGACAAGUCUUUGCCUUUUUGUAACUGUUUGAUGGGGUUUGAGCCAAAGUCACAGCAUUUUUGGGAUCUGAAAGAUUAUUCUGGUGGGUGCAGAAGGAAAACCAAUGUGAACUGUGAGAAUGAAAGUCUUCUGACUAAUGAAAAUGAUGAUCGGAAGCAGAGAUUUGUAGAAUUGCGUAAUAUUAUAUAUAAAGACCCUAAACUAUAUGUGCAACUAGGGAGUUCUGCAGGAUGUGAAUCAAUGUGCCUAAAGAACUGCUCUUGCACAGCUUAUGCUUUGAACGGCAGUGGUUGUUUAAUUUGGAUUGGCGAUCUCCUAAAUCUUAUAGAACUCUCACAGGAUGAAACGACAGGAAAAACUCUCUAUGUCCGACUGGCAGCUUCUGAGUUUGGGAGUUCAAGGAAUGAUGAGAAAAAUAGAGGAAUAUACAUUGGUGUUUUUGUGGGCUCAGCUGCAGGGUUGGCAGUGUUUCUUGUCCUUGUUGUGAUUUUAAUUUGGAGACCAAAAAACAAGACGGUGGGAACAGGAAUUGAAGUGGAAGGCUCAUUGGUGGCCUUUGAAUACAGAUAUCUGCAAAAUGCAACAAAUAACUUUUCAGAGAGGUUAGGAGGAGGAGGAUUUGGUUCAGUUUUCAAGGGAACAUUGCAGGACUCAACAGUCGUAGCGGUCAAGCAGCUGCAGAGUGUUAACCAGGGAGAGAAGCAAUUCCGGACAGAGAUCAGCACAAUUGGAACAAUCCAACAUGUUAAUCUGGUACGCCUUCGUGGGUUCUGCUCAGAAGGUACGAGAAGGCUGUUGGUUUACGAUUACAUGCCAAAUGGCUCAUUAGAUUCUCACCUUUUUGGGGAAAAGAAUUCGAACAUCUUGAGCUGGAAAACAAGAUAUCAAAUUGCUUUGAGGAUGGCGAGAGGAUUGUUUUAUCUCCACGAGAAGUGCAGGGACUGCAUUAUACACUGCGAUAUUAAACCCGAAAACAUUCUUUUAGAUGCUGAAUUCUGUCCCAAAGUGGGGGAUUUUGGACUGGCAAAACUUGUCGGAAGGGAUUUCAGCAGGGUCUUGACAACAAUGAGAGGGACAAGAGGUUAUCUUGCACCUGAAUGGAUUUCAGGUGUAGCAAUAACUCCGAAAGCUGAUGUUUACAGCUUCGGAAUAAUGCUUUUCGAAUUUGUAUCCGGGAGGAGAAACUCAGAGCCAUCUGCAGAUGGAAAAGUUGCAUUCUUCCCAAGUUGGGCUGCCAGCGUAACAAUCGAUGGUGGUGAUGUUCAGAGCCUUUUAGAUCCCAGUUUGGAGGGAAAUGCUGAUUUGGAGGAGCUUACUAGAGUUUGUAGAGUGGCUUGUUGGUGCAUUCAAGAUGAUGAAACUCGCAGGCCAUCAAUGGGUCAGAUUGUUCAAAUCCUCGAGGGGAUCAUAGAUGUGAAAGUGCCACCAUUUCCGAGAUCUCUACGAGUUUUCGUAGACAACCAAGAGACUCUAGUUUUUUUCGGAGAGUCGUCCUCAAGCCAGAGUUGACAAAUACAGAGCAACACAUCAACUGCUUCCUCUUAUCAGGCCAAGAGCGCAUCCUCUAUGUUGAGCUCAUUGUCUUGAUCAUCUCCUUUGCGUUUUUUUUCUUUCGUUUUGUGUGUGAGUGAUGGUUUGGUAGAUAAUGCUUGUGUAAUUAUUCUCGGCCUUGCAUACAGUAUUUGAUAGUACAAUUGAAUUAUGUGGAAAA